AGUCCGCGUGACACCAGAAAUGAAGAAACACAAAGUUAGAGCUGGUGAUGUGGGAGCUAUUCAGGCAGCUGAGUCCUUUGCGGUAAUUUCAGAGGACAAGAAACCUACUUUAGAUUGCAGUCAAUGGCCAUUAUUGUUGAAAAAUGUUCAUCUUAUGAAUGUACGCGAGUGUCAUUUCGAGGCUGACACAACAGGCUACUCACCUUUACACAGGCCUCUGGAUGAAUACAUUAAGAGUGGAGUCAUCAACCUCGACAAGCCAUGCAACCCAUCAUCUCAUGAAGUUGUUGCGUGGGUGAAAAGAGCCCUUGGAGUCAACAAAACCGGUCAUAGUGGCACUUUAGACCCCAAAGUUUCUGGUUGUCUUAUUGUCUGUAUCGAUCGUGCUACUAGGCUUGUAAAGUCUCAGCAAAGUGCUGGUAAAGAGUAUGUAUGCAUAUUUAGACUUCACGAGUCCGUGGAUGAGAUCAAAAAGAUACAAAAAGCUGUAGAGGGGCUGACUGGAGCAUUAUUCCAGAGACCCCCGCUAGUUGCUGCUGUUAAGCGCCAGCUCAGAGUUCGUACAAUAUACGAGUGUAAACUUUUGGAGUACGAAAAAAGUAAAAAUUUGGGGCUAAUAAUGGUGCGCUGUGAGGCUGGAACGUAUGUUCGGACGCUUUGUGUGCAUUUGGGUUUGCUUUUAGGUUGUGGAGGUGUUAUGGAAGAACUUAGGCGGUCUAAAACUGGUUUUAUGUCUGAAAGGGACAAUCUGGUUACUAUGCAUGAUAUACUAGAUGCUAAGUGGCUUUAUGACAAUAGGCGAGAUGAGACUUACUUGCGUCGUGUUAUUAUGCCUCUCGAAAAGCUGCUGAUCAAACACAAACGGAUUAUGCUUAAAGAUACUGCCGUGUGCGCUAUUUGCUUCGGUGCGAAACUUAUGUUGCCUGGCGUACUCCGUUACGACAACGACAUCAAUGUCAACGAUGAAAUAGUCCUAAUGACUACCAAAGGCGAAGCCGUAGCUCUUGCUGUUGCACUAAUGACUACUGCAACAAUCGCGACGUGUGACCAUGGAUUAGUCGCAAAACUGAAAAGAGUGAUAAUGGAGCGUGAUCUCUAUCCUCGCCAGUGGGGUCGUGGUCCUGUUUCCAUGGAAAGGAAAAAACUCGUUGCCCAAGGUUUACUUAAAAAGUUUUCCAAAUCUGACGGUGUGACGAAUACUUCGAACUCUGUUGGGUAGGUGAUCAAUGUUUGUUAACGCGUACUUCAGAUUGAAAACCAAGAUGGAAGCAAGUGAAGCUGGGGAGGCUGUAACGUAAGUUCACUACUUACCUUCGACAUCUUUGAUAGAAGGCGAAUUAAAGCACCAAAUCCUUCCGACUCAAGCGACGAUGAAAUGGCAAGCAAAAAUUUGAACGAUCACGACGGUCAGGAUACGGGAGCUGAAGAAUCAUCAUCCGACGACAGUGACUGACUCCAUUUUUCAGAGCUUUAAUUAAAUUGUAUAUUUUUCCGCAAUUCAUUGUCUUCUCUUGCGCCUAAAUAUUAAUACUUGAAGAUAACAGUCGGUGGACUGACUAAGCUUGUGCACAAAAAUAAUCGUGCAACAUAUCCCCGUUACUACGAGUUUAUGAUGUAUAGGAUAUGACAAUUGUUCAGGUAUGCACGUUUAGAAUGUAAACGCAUGAUAUAUGUGGUGUUGGGGUAAAAUGUGACAUCGAGAAUACAAUCAUUAGCCGGUCCCUACCACUAUUUAAAAUAUAUCCAUAAUUAUUGUUCCUAAUACCAGUUUUCUGAAGUUGGUCGAGUCAUUUGUCGAAUCUCACACUAUCGAGUUAAAUUUACAUCGGUGGAUGUCGACAUCUUGUUAUAUCAUUAGUAAGUCGAGGUCGCAUUCACUACAUGUUCACUGAUUAUCACAAAGAGCGAGUUAGAUGGCGAAGUGUGGUGUUCACUACCCUAGAUAGUGUAAGGUUGUAUGUUCUCGCAAAAUCAAUUCCAAAAACGUAUCUGCUGGCCUGGUGUUAUUUCGCAUUUCGGAACCUGAUAUUCGCAUUCAGGGCAAUAAAUAAUGGUUAUAUCACUAUUCAUCUUCAUGAGUACUUACUAAGACGCUUCUUACGCUAUACAGAGAUGCAGUUUGGCAUAAUAGAGUAUUCUUUAGUUCGUUAGUUCAGCGUUCAGACCGAACACUGAAAUUUCUGUUGUUACGCUAAUUGCGGUCACUUUUG